AUAAGAAGAAGCUGUAAGCGGAAGUAGAUCUAUCCGGUGUCCUUGGGCAGCACUUCUUUCGUCAGGAUGUUCAGACACGUCCUUGCUUUCCAGCAGGUGGCGCGGCGGAGCGUGUCCACCUCUGCCCGGCAGCAGGUCAGGAACAGAGUCCCCGAGAAACAGAAGAUCUUUCAGGAGGACAACGGGCUGCCCAUUCACUUAAAGGGAGGCACCGCCGACGUCCUGCUCUACAGAGCGACCAUGACGCUCACGGUGUUUGGAGUGGGGUUCACUCUGUACCAGAUGUGGGAAGCGGCAUUUCCUCAGAAGAGAGGCUGAAGCUCCACCCUCUCUGUUGAGUUUCACCUCCUCCUCCUCUUAAAAACAAACAAACAAACAAACAAACCUCCACGUGUGUCGAGCCGUGUGUUCCCCGUCAUGAUGGGAUGUUGUUUCACACUCAUGGGAUCAAUAUUUAUUUUCCUGUACUGUUUCUUUCUCUGUCUUUGGGGAUCAAUAAAAAUAAUCUCAU